AUGGCGAAGAUCAUCAACACUAAUUCGCCAGAGGAGAGAGAAGAGAGGAGAGAGGAGAGAGGAAAGAGAAGAGAGGAGAGAGGAGAGGGGAGAGGGGAGAGAGGAGAGAGGAGAGAGGAGAGAGGAGAGGAGAGAGGAGAGAGGAGAGAGGAGAGGAGAAAGGAGAGGAGAGAGGAGAGAGGUAGAAGAGGAAAAAAAGGAAAAUGAGAGAGAAAGAGAGAAAGAGAAACAUUGGGAGGAAGAAAGAAGAGAAGAAAGAGAGAACAUAACAAUGAGACUGUCUUCUUUUCUUUUCUGACCCUUGACCUCUUGAGUGUGACGCUCCGAGGUCUCCUGCAGAUACAGAUCUAGGAUCAGCUUCCCCUCAUCCAAUCCUAACCUUAACCAUUAGUGGGGAAAAUGCAAAACUGACCCAAGAUUAGCACCUAAGGGCAACUUCACUUUGGAUGUGACAGAUGGAGGAACACUGAGUGGUUCGGAGUAGAGUGAAGUUGCCCCUAGAGACACUGAUCUUGGGUCAGUUUUGCAUUUAGCCAACUAAUGGUUAAGGUUUUGAUUGGGGGACGGGAAUCUGAUCCUAGAACUGUACCUAGAGAUAACUUCACCCAGAGAGAGAGCGAGAAAGUGAGAAAGAGAUUGACAAAGAGAGAGAGAAAGAGACGAAAGAGAGACACGGAAGACAGGAACAGAGGAAGAGAGAAAGAUCCAGAGAGAGGAAGCCUUGGGGAGAGGACACAGUUUCCUCUUUAAGACCAGAUCGCAACAAGUGGAUCCGAUUUGAACAAGCUCUCCAGGACCUGAGAGAGAGAAGGAGAGAGGUAGAGAGAGGGAGUGAGAGAGUCAGAGAGGGAGCGCGAGAGAGAGAGAGAUAGAGAGAGAGAGAGAGCAGGAGAGAGGGAGGGAGAUACAUCGGAAGAUAAUAUGUUUCGUCGCUGCUCAUCUUGACCCAGACCCAUAUGGAGAUCCAGUCCUAACAGAGCUCUCUGUAGAGGAAGAGGAACUGAACUCCUUGAAAAUAGGAUUACAAACCCUGGACUACAACAGACCUGGGAUUGUAGAACCUCAACGACAGAACCCAUAGAACCACAUAGAACCUUAACCAUAGGACCACAACCACAGAGAACUGCAACCUUACGACCAUAACCUUAAACCUGCAACUACAGAAUCAUAACCAACAAUCGCAACCUUAUAACCAUAACCACAGAACGGAAACCUAACGACCACAACCAUAGAACCUUAGGACCAGAACCUUGGGAAAAGAACCUUGGGAAAAGAACCUUGGGAAAAUAACCUUCAGAAAAGAACCUUGGGAAAAGAACCUUGGGAAAAGAACCUUGGGAAAAGAACCUUAGGAAAAUAACCUUAGGACCUCAACCACAGAACCGUAACCACAGAACCGUAACCUUUUGACCACAACCAGAACACGGUCAGGAUGGGCCAUCGCAGAAGAAGGUGCAAGAGAAGACUCCUCAGGGUGGCCAGAUACCUCCACCGCUGGCUCACUGGGACCCUGGUAGAAGGUACUGUAAGGAGAUGGGGGGGGGGAAGUACACCAGGACUACGUCCAAAAUUGCACCCUAUUCCCUAUGUAGUGCGCUACUUUUGACCAGGGUCCAUUUGGCUCUGGUCAAAAUAAGUGCACUAUAUAGGGAAUAGGGUGCCAAUUGUGGCGCAGUCAGGGUGGAAAAGAGGUAUUGGUGGAGGUUUUGUGGCGUAGUCAUCAUGACUCAGUGGGACUCUGAUAGAAGGUACUGUAGGGGAAGGGUUUCCCAAACUUGGUCCUGGGCCCCCCCCCUGGGUGCACGCUCUGGUUUUUGCCCUAGCACUACACAGCCUGUACCGAGUUUGGGAAACCCCUGCAGUAGGGGAAGGGGUUAAAUAUGUAGAGAUGAAGCUCUGUUCCUGAUAAACUAGUAACUAGGACUAGGUCCAAGAUGCAGAAAUAGACACACUACUGUUUGCUACAAAAUGGUGACUGUAGACCCGUCUGAAUAGGUGAGUAGCUGUGUGGUUGGGUUGAAUCAGGAUUCUUGUGGAGAGGUCUUGCCGCAGGCCUCAAAGAUAAAUUCUUAUAGAAGACCAGAGAGUUCAAUCGAGUACAGGCUUAACUGAAUGACAACAGAGACGGAAUACAAUAUGGCAUUUUAUUAAAUAGUUUGGGGGUAGGCCUCGUCUCAGAGGAAUGCUCCUCAGAGCCAGAUGCUGAUGACAGGUUGCCCUAUGCUGGGCAGCAGGCAUCGAAACCCCACCCGCUUGGAGAACCGGGUUCUGAUGACUGGCCUUCAGGUUAUUAUGCUGGUGGUGGUGGGGAGGUGGAAGGUUGUUGGAAGACUGUUGCUGCAAAACAUCAAGUGAGAGACAAGGGGUGAGUUGACAUAUACUGUAAAUACUCUCUGAGAUUUAUGCCCGUUGGUUGACAGAAAGCGAAGUGAUUAUUGCACGAGUGAGCACAUAGGUUAAUCAGCAAGCGGGGUGGGAUUGCCUUAGUGUGCCUUGCUCAUUGGCUGAAGUUAAUAGGUGAAUGACAUUCCCGCCCGCUUGUUAAUGGUAAAGAGGAGGAGACGUGACGGUGUCCUGAUGAGGUACCAUUAUUAACACUACCAUAUAAAUACCUGCUUUGCUGAUGAGGUAACAUGGACACUCCCAUAUCAGUACCUGCUAUGCUGAUACAGUAACAUGGACACUCAUUUAUAAAUACCUGCUAUGCUGAUGAGGUAUCAUUAAAAACACUACCCUAUUACAUACACUAUAUAUACUAAAGUAUGUGGACACCCCUUCAAAUGAGUGGAUUCUGCUAUUUCAGCCACACCCGUUGCUGACAGGUGUAUACAAUCGAGCACACAGCCAUGCAAUCUCCAUAGACAGACAUUGGCAGUAGAAUGGCCUUACUGAAGAGCUCAGUGACUUUCAACGUCGCAUCGUCAUAGGAUGCCACCUUUCCAGUCAGUUUGUCACAUUUCUGCCCUGCUAGAGCUGCCCCGGUGAUCUGUAAGUGCUGUUAUUGGGAAGUGUAAACAUCUAGGAGUGUGCUCGUAGUGCAUAAAAAUCCUCUGUCCUCGGUUGCAACACUCACUACCGAGUUCUAAACUGCCUUCCCAGAAGAGUGGAGGUUGUUAUAACAAGGGGGGACCAACUCCAUAUUAAUGCCCAUGAUUUUGGAAUGAGAUGUUCGACCAGCAGGCGUCCACAUACUUUUGGUCAUGUAGUGUACCUGCAAUGCUGAUGAGUGAGAUAGGAAGCGAUGUGAAUUAUAGAGUUUACUAAAUGAAUGAAAUGACAAUCCAUUCAGACAGGCCUCACUGAUUGAACUUUUCUAACUACAUUUGAGUGAUUGAUUAUUGAUAAAUGGUAUUGAUGAAUCCCUUAUGAGUGAAGCAUCAUAGCAUUGGACUGGGUUUAUGAAGAGCUUGUCAUGAUAUCUCACUAUAUCUGCAUCCCAAAUGGCACCCUACUCCCUAUAUGGUACACUACCUGGUCAAAAGUAGUACACUAUAUAGGGAAUAGGGUGCCAUUUGGGACAAAUCCUGGUUCUCAUGCCAAGACACCACUCGGAGAUUCUGUCAGAUGACUGAAUUCAGCAUGAUCAAAUGUAACUUAAGCUUCAAUAUUCCGUUUGAAAGCGAUUAAUGGUAAAAAGCAACAACACCAAAACAUCCUCUGUGUGAAGAUAGAGAAUGAUGAUGUCACAAAGAAUAAAGAAUAGAAAUCUACAAGAUACAGUGGAAUGAAUAUUUUUAUUUACAUUAUCCAAUAAGAAUGUAUCUUUCAGUAAGGCUCCUUCAACAACUACAGAAACAAUAGCAACAUAACAUGCUCCCUGCUUUUUUGAUAGUCUUACUAUUUGUGUCAGAUGGAACUGUGAAAACACACACACACACACCACACACACACACACACACACACAAACACAGUUAAAACACGGGUACCUAAAGUGCCAUGUGACAAACUGAUACACACACACACACACACACAGCUACUGAACCAUGAGAAAGGAUGCAGACAGGAAAGUACCCUCCUGUGUUUACACCUCUGUCAGGUUACCAUGAAGACGGCUGUUCUUUUCGGAACCCUCCGCUCUGUAGAUGGAACCUGACAACCAUGGCUGGUUACUGGUGGCCUGGCCUUUCUGAUGCCACGUUGAAAGUCACUGAGCUCUUCAGUAAGGCCAUUCUACUGCCAAUGUUUGUCUAUGGAGAUUGCAAGAGAGGGAGAGAGAGAGAGAGAGAGAGAGAGAGAGAAGAGAGAGAGAGAAGAGAGAGAGCGAGAGAGAGAGAGAGAGAGAGAGAGAGAGAGAAGAGAGAGAGAGAGAGAGAAGAACUCUCUCUCUCUCUCUCCUCUCCCACUCUCCGUCCCCUAGAACCUCUAAGGGGUGAUAGCAAGACGCCCCCCGAGGAGCGGCGAGAGCGGCGCUCAGAGCGCAGCAGAUAGAGCAGUCGUCAGAGAAGGAGAGUAGAGAGAGUAGACGAGAGAGAUCAGAAGCAGUGCGAGAGAGCGGAUACGAGAUAGGAGCAUGAGAAGCGGAGAGAUCAUAUGAUAAAUAAACAUAACUGCCUUCCUACUGUAGAUUAGUUAUUGUUGAAUGUAUGGUUAUAUUGACCGUUGGUUAUUGUUGUUACUGUUGUCCCGUGACAAUUUUUGAUUCUCAUUUUUAUUUAUUUUUUUAUAUUGUAAUUCGCAAAGUAAGCUUUGGCAUAUGUACAUUGUUACGUCAUGCCAAUAAAGCGAUGAAUUGAAUUGAAUUGAUGAGCGAGAAGAGAGCAGAGAGAGAGCGAGAGAGAUAGGAGAGCGCAGGAGAGGGUAUCAUACUGCGCUCAGAGAUAGAGAGAUUGAGAGAAAGUGUGAGAGAGAGAAAGAGCCAUAGAGGGUCAAUGCAAGUUUAUGUCACUACGUAUGUGUAUCCUAACUGGUACUUUGCCACUUUAAACACUAGAGACCACUAACUGCUAAAACACUGUAACUCGGCAACUCUCUCUCUCGCUCUCUCUCUCUCUCUCUGUAUCUUAUAUUAAGCACACCAGACGGCACAAUGUUCUUCUCUCUCUCUCAAUUCAAUUUCAAUUUAAGGACUUUAUUGGCAUGGGAAACGUGUGUUAACAUUGCCAAAGCAAGUGAAGUAGAUAGUAAACAAAAGUGAAAUCAACAAUAAAUAUUAACAGUAAACAUUACACUCAGAAGUUUCAAAAGAAUAAAGACAUUUCAAAUGUCAUAUUAUGUAUAUAUACAGUGUCUCUAUAACCUCUCUCUCUGUCUAAGAGACUAUAACCUAAAGCCAGAUCAGCAAACUAACUAUCUAGAUGGAAUAAUUAUUACUUUAACGUGUGUGUGCGAUUUGCGUCCAUUCUAUGGGGUCGUGCCGCCCUGCUCUAAUCUGUGCUGUGAUUGGUUACUUCCAGGUAACCCAGCGUCCAACCACAGCAAACGAACUAUAAAACAGAGGUUCCUCAAGCUGCUGCCCUGCUGUCGCUCCAGAACCGCCCCCUCACUCAGUCAAAGCAAGUGCUCAUUUGCAUAACUCCACCCCUUCCUCCGUUCCGCUGCCCCCACCGAGCCCUUGCUAAACAAGUGGAAUAGGCAGUGAUGGAAACAGUUAACCGCUAACCGCUACAGAGAAGAGUUGCCGUGUUGGAUAGCUUUAGCCAGCUAGCUAACAUAAAUAGCAUUCCUCUCUUUUUGAGUCAGAUUGUUGCUAAAUUAGCUGCAUUAGCUAGCUAAGUAAGUGAAAGGUAAACCAAGGAGAAUAAAAAAUAUAUAAAAAAUAUAGCUAUCUCUCUCUCGCUCUCUGCCGCUUCUCCUUGAUAAAAAAUAAGAGUUACAAAGUCAACUACUCGAACUGUAGUGCUAGCUAGCUGCAGUGGUGGGAAAAGUAACCAAUUGUCAUACUUGAGUAAAAGUAAAGAUACCUUAAUAGAAAAUGACUCAAGUAAAGUGAAAGUCACCCAGUAAAAUACUACUUGAGUAAAAGUCUAAAAGUAUUUGGUUUUAAAUAUACUUAAGUAUCAAAAGUAAAUGUAAUUGCUAAAGUAUACUUAAGCAUCAAAAAUAAAAGUACAAGUAUUAGUCAUUUCAAAUUCCUUAUAUUAAGCACACCAGAUGGCACAAUGUUCUUAUUUUAUUUAUUUACCGAUAGCCAGGGGCACAAGCCAACACUCAGACAUAAUUUACAAAUGAAGCAUGUGUGUUUAGUGAGUCCGUCAGAUCAGAGGCAGUAGGGAUGACCAGGGAUGUUCUCUUGAUAAGUGCGUGAAUGUGAAAAUGUUCCUGUCCUGCUAAGCAUUCAAAAUGUAACCAGUCCUUUUGGGACAGGGAACUUAGUAUAACUGUCUACUGGUAACAGAGGACUGAGUAUCACCGUCUACUGGUAACAGAGGACUGAGUAUCACUGUCUACUGGUAACAGAGGACUGAGUAUCACUGUCUACUGGUAACAGAGAACUGAGUAUCGCUGUCUACUGGUAACAGAGGACUGGUAUCACUGUCUACUGGUAACAGAGGACUGAGUAUCACUGUCUACUGGUAACAGAGAACUGAGUAUCGCUGUCUACUGGUAACAGAGGACUGAGUAUCACUGUCUACUGGUAACAGAGAACUGAGUAUCACUGUCUACUGGUAACAGAGGACUGAGUAUCACUGUCUACUGGUAACAGAGAACUGAGUAUCGCUGUCUACUGGUAACAGAGAACUGAGUAUCACUGUCUACUGGUAAACAGAGGACUGAGUAAAUCUGAGUAUCACUGUCUACUGGUAACAGAUAACUGAGAUCACUGUCCGCGUCUUCACUGUCUAUGUACAGACUGAGUAUCACUGUCUACUGGUACACAGGUAACCUGAGUAUCACUGUCUACUGGUAACAGAUAACUGAGAAUAUCGCUGUCUACUGGUAACAAACAGUAUACUACAUGAGUAUACGCUGUAACGGCGGCCUGUCACUGGUCUGGUUACAGAACUGAGUAUUGUCUACGGAAGAGACUGAGUACACGUCUACUGGUAACAGACAACUGAGUAUCGCUGUCUACUGGUAACAGAGAACUGAGUAUCACUGUCUCUCCUUCUAUCUUUAUCUCUUUCACUUCUUCUUUUCUCUUCCUCUCUCUCUCACAAAAAUAAGUAGUUACUAAGCAUAAUAACCAUGCCCCCCCUCCCUCCCUCCCCUCCCUCCCUCCUCCUCCCUCCCUCCCUCCCCUCCCUCCCUCCCUCCCUCCCUCCCUCCUACAGACAGUGUAGUGGAGGAUGGGGAGUUAUCUACAGUGUGUUAUAGACCAGAGGGGUUGGACCAGCUACUACAACAGACUAAGUUCACCAGGAGAGAACUACAGAUCCUCUACAGGGGCUUCAAGAAUGUACGUCUCUCCCUGAGGACUCACUGUCUCUGUCUGUCUGUCUGUCUGUCUGUCUGUCUGUCUGUCUGUCUGUCUGUCUGUCUGUCUGUCUGUCUGUCUGUCUGUCUGUCUGUCUGUCUGUCUGUCUCUCUCUCACAAAUUCUCUUUCUCCCUCUGUCUAAGUUUUAGACUCUCUCUCUCUCUCUCUCUCUCUCUCUCUCUCUCUCUCUCUCUCUCUCUCUCUCUCUCUCUCUCUCUCUCUCUCUCUCUCUCUCUCUCUCUCUCUCUCUCCAAUUCAAUUCCAGAUUCCUUUAUUGGCAUGAAAAACAAUUUGUAGAUACUGCCAAAGCAGUAUAGUGGUACAGCAUUUCAGUAAAUAUAGUACAAUGCAAUGGAUGAUGGUUACACUAUGUCUUACUUGUCAGUUAUAUACAAUUUAAAUGCUUCAAGGAAUUAAUGGUCAUGGGAUGUCCCUCAGGCUAUGGCAAUCAUAUACAGUACCAGUCCAAAGUUUGGACACACCUACUCAUUCAAGGGUUUGUCUUUAUUUUUUAAAACUAUCAAGACAUCAAAACUAUGAAAUUACACAUAUGGAAUAUUUAGUAACCAAAAAAGUGUUAAACAAAUCAAAAUAUAUUUUAUAUUUGAGAUUCUUCGAAGUAGCCACCCUUUGCCUUGAUGACAGCUUUGCACCGUCUUGGCAUUCUCUCAACCAGCUUCAUGAGGUAGACACCUGGAAUGUAUUUCAAUUAACAGGUGUGCCUUCUUAAAAGUUAAUUUGUGGAAUUUCUUUCCUUCUUAAUGUGUUUGAGACAAUCAGUUGUGUUGUGACAAGGUAGGGGGGGGUAUACAGAAGAUAGCCCUAUUUGGUAAAAGACCAAGUCCAUAUUAUGGCAAGAACAGCUCAAAUAAGCGAAGAGAAACAACAGUCCAUUAUUACUUUAAGACAUGAAGGUCAGUCAAUACGGAAAACGUCAAGAACUUUGAAAGUUUCUUCAAGUGCAGUCGCAAAAACCAUCAAGCGCUAUGAUGAACUGGCUCUCAUGAGGACCGCCACAGGAAGACCCAGAGUUACCUCUGCUGCAGAGGAUAAGUUCAAUAGAGUUACCAGCCUCAGAAAUUGCAGCCCAAAUAAAUGCUUCACAGAGUUCAAGUAACAGACACAUCUCAACAUGAACUUUUCAGAGGAGACUGUGUGAAUCAGGCCUUCAUGGUCGAAUUGCUGCAAAGAAACCACUACUAAAGGACACCAAUAAGAAGAAGAGACUUGGGCCAAGAAACACGAGCAAUGGACAUUAGACCGGUGGAAAUCUGUCCUUUGGUCUGAUGAGUCCAAAUGUGAGAUUUUUGUUUCCAACCGCCGUGUCUUUGUGAGACGCAGAGUAGGUGAACGGAUGAUCUCCGCAUUUGUAGUUCCCACCGUGAAGCAUCGAGGAGGAGGUGUGAUGGUGUGGGGGUGCUUUGCUGGUGACACUGUCUGUAAUUUAUUUAGAAUUCAAGGCACACAUAACCAGCAUGGCUACCACAGCAUUCUGCAGCGAUACGCCAUCCCAUCUGGUUUGCACUUAGUGGGACUAUCAUUUGUUUUUCAACAGGACAAUGACCCAAAACACACCUCCAGGCUGUGUAAGGGCUAUUUGACCAAGAAGGAGAGUGAUGGAGUGCUGCAUCAGAUGACCUGGCCUCCACAAUCACCUGACCUCAACCCGAUUGAGAUGGUUUGGGAUGUGUUGGACCGCAGAGUGAAGGAAAAGCAGCCAACAAGUGCUCAGCAUAUGUGGGAACUCCUUCAAGACUGUUGGAAAAGCAUUCCAGGUGAAGCUGGUUGAGAGAAUGCCAAGAGUGUGCAAAGCUGUCAUCAAGGCAAAGGGUGGCUACUUUGAAGAAACUCAAAUAUAUUUUGAUUUGUUUAACACUUUUUUGGUUACUACAUGAUUCCAUAUGUGUUAUUCUACAUUUCUGAUGUCUUCACUAUUAUUCUACAAUGUAGAAAAUAGUAAAAAUAAAGAAAAUGCCUUGAAUGAGAAGGUGUGUCCAAACUUUUGACUGGUAGUGUAUAUAUCUGGCAGGAAUAUUUGCUGUUUCUCCCUCAACCAGAAUAAUUCCCAGCUUUAUGUUAUUAGUAAAUGCACAGAAGUUGGGAAUUGAUUGAGAUACUUUCUUGAAAAAAUAUCAUCUUAUUUGGGAGUAUUUCUCACAGUCUCUCUUUCUCUCUCUCUCUCUGUCUCUCUCUCUCUCUCUCUCUCUCUCUCUUUCUUACUACCAUAACCCCCCGCCCCCUACCCCCCCCCCUCUCUCUCUCUCUCUCCUCCUCUCUCUCCUUCUCCUCUCUCUCUCUCUCUCUAUCUCUCUCUCUCUCCUCUCUCUCUCUCUCUCUCUCUUCUCUCUGUCUGUGUGUGUUUGUAACUUUCUGUUGAUUGUCCAAUAGGAAUGUCCUAGUGGGUUGGUGGAUGAAGAGACAUUCAAGUUCAUCUACUCCCAGUUCUUUCCUCAGGGAGGUGAGUGUGUGUGUGUGUGUGUGUGUGUGUGUGUGUAUGUGUGUGUGUGUGUGUGUGCUGCACCCGUGCCUGCAAUACUGUGUAUGUGUCUCUCUCUCUCUCUCUCUCUCUUUCGCUCUCUUUCGCUCUCUCUUAUUCUUUCUCUAUAUCUGCCUUUCCCUCUCUGUUUCCCCCUCCCCCUUCUCUCUCUCUCUCUCUCUCUCUCUCUCUCUCUCUCUCUCUCUCUCUCUCUCUCUCUCUCUCUCUCUCUCUCUCUCAGCCUUUCAGUCUCUCAGUAACCCCCUCUCUCACUUCCUCCCUCUGUUUCAGACUCCAGCACCUACGCUCAUUUUCUGUUCGAAGCAUUUGACACCCACAAGAAUGGUUCUGUGAGCUUCGAAGACUUCGUCACAGGCCUGUCAAUCAUCCUGAGAGGCUCUGUCACAGAGAAACUCAACUGGGCUUUUAACCUCUACGACCUCAACAAAGAUGGCUUCAUCACCAAAGAGGUACGGUACGAUGUGUAUGUGUGUGUGUGCAAACAUGUUUUUUCUCUCUUCUAAACUAUUCCCCCAUCCUCCCCUCUGUGUGUGUGUGCAUGAACACGUGCGUGUGCGUGUGUGUGCAUGUUUGUGCGUGCAUGUUCAUAUGUGUCUGUGUGGGUGUGUGUGUGUGUGUGUGUGUGUGUGUGUCUGUGUCUGUGUCUGUGUCUGUGUCUGUGUCUGUGUCUGUGUCUGUGUCUGUGUCUGUGUCUGUGUGUGUGUGUGUGUGUGUGUGUGUGUGUGUGUGUGUGUGUCUGUGUCUGUGUCUGUGUGUGUCUGUGUCUGUGUGUGUGUGCGUUCCAGGAGAUGACUGAUAUCAUGAGCUCCAUCUAUGAUAUGAUGGGGACGUGUACGUACCCCUGUAUGCAGAACGACGCCCCCAAGGAGCACGUUGACAACUUCUUCCAGGUAACAACUAACCACAGAUCUAGGAUCAGAUUAACAACUUCUUCCAGGUAACAACUAACCACAUAUCUAGGAUCAGAUUAACAACUUCUUCCAGGUAACAACUAACCACAGAUCUAGGAUCAGAUUAACAACUUCUUCCAGGUAACAACUAACCACAGAUCUAGGAUCAGAUUAACAAUUUCUUUCAGGUAACAACUAACCACAGAUCUAGGAUCAGAUUAACAACUUCUUCCAGGUAACAACAAACCACAGAUCUAGGAUCAGAUUAACAACUACUUCCAGGUAACAACUAACCACAGAUCUAGGAUCAGAUUAACAACUUCUUCCAGGUAACAACUAACCACAGAUCUAGGAUCAGAUUAACAAUUUCUUUCAGGUAACAACUAACCACAGAUCUAGGAUCAGAUUAACAACUACUUCCAGGUCUUCCACAGAUCUAGGCCUUGAUUCAAUCCUAAUGCGCUUGUAGACAAUACAGCUUUUAAAGGCAAUGUUACUACACUAGUGGAGAUCGCAUUCAGCGCUGCAGAUGUCGGCUCAAUUGGAAAUUACCUUUAAAUCCUUUAGCACAGUUUCUGAUUGAAUCCAGGCCCUAGGGUUAGAUAAGUCUACCUCCAUUGUUUUCCACAAAGGGUUUUAAAAGGACCCUGUAGACAUAACCUCCUUAUUGGUGCACUCAGACCUUGUAAACAACCAGAACCAAAAGGUCAGAUAGGGGUUGCUUAUAUUUGUCCUGUUUCAGAUGUAGAUGUGUAACCUUUACAGUGUGUGGUGUGAAAUGGAAAUGUAUUCUUUGCAUAUCUCACUCCCCCUGAGACACCCUCGGUGAGGAGAAAGGGUUGCGUAUUCAACUGUUUCUCUGUUUCUCUCUGUCAGAAAAUGGACAAGAACAAAGAUGGCGUGGUCACCAUUGAGGAAUUUCUGGAGUCUUGUCAAAAGGUGUGUUUGUCUGUGUGUCUGUGUUUGUGUGUCUGUGUGAGUGAGUGGUUGUGUGUGUGUGCGUGUGGGAUAUUUCCGCGGGAUUCUAUAGGAUAUGAUUAUAUAUUACAUGAUUUAAUAAUAUCUAAAAUGUCACAAUGUGAAGUUAAUUUCCAAAACCCUAUAUCCACAAAUCAUUUACAUUAGUGUUUUUUCAUCAGAUAUUAUUGCUUAUUGGUACCUUCAUGUGUGUGUAAUUAUUUGUCACAUUUAACUGUGUAAAACCUUGCAUUGCUACUUUUUUCUCUGAGAGUGAGGCGGAUAUAUCUCGUUUUGUCUCUCUGAAAUGAAAGAAUCUAGUGAUAGAUUCCAAACAAAUACAUGUCUGUCAUUGAACAACCCCAUGCCAUGAUUAGAUUUAGAAAAUCACACCAAUCUCAUUCAUAAGUUAUUGAAACAAAAAAGGUAAUUUAAAAACAUUUCUAAAAUGGAUAUACAGCAUUUUGGAAUGAAACUCUUUGUUUAUUUAAGAACCUCUUUCUGCUUUUAAACUGUUUAAACCUUUUCUCCAACUGCUUCUAACCCGUUGUGCUUUUUGUCCCUUCCUGCCUCCCGUCCAGGAUGAGAACAUCAUGCAGUCCAUGCAUCUGUUUGACAACGUCAUUUAGUGACAUUUCCUGUGGGUGUGGCCUAAAGGACACAGUGCCCAUAUUUAGCCCGAAAGCCUCCACCCCUAGCUCCCCUCUAUCCCCAAACACAGACUCAUUGGGGCUGUCAUGGGGGUGAAAGGUACCCCUUCAUGGAUCUCCACUCUUCCAUCCAUCCCUAGGCCCUAGUCCCUCCC